ACGAGGGGGGGCGUCCCUACAAAGAGGGAGCAGGGAGGAGAAACAGCAGACGAGGAUAGGGAGAGUGACUGAGAAGAUAGAGAGCAUCUGAGAGAGAAAGUUCGCAUGCAGGACAGAGUGAUUAAACAGCAGGCAGACAUUGGACAGCCUUUUUUUUUACUUCCACCACAACUGCUACAGUGGAGGAGAUGCUUAUGUGAGGAGAACAAGUGAUUGUGCACAGUAAACAAGAAGCUCUUUUCCUUUUUAUAGAUAAAGGCAGGAAUUGAUGAGCUGCUGCUGCUGAUCUUAGAGUGUCUUGUCAUGGAUGACUCUAGGGAACCUGCUGAAUAGAUCUCAGCGCUGCAUCAUGGUUCAGCAAAGGACCCACAAAUACUCAUCAGUCAUGGAUGGCAAUUCUACCAGAGAGGUCUUUGUGGGACUGGCGGCAGAGGACGAUGCGGAGGGGUUUGGACAUGUACCUUCUAAGAAAGACCCCAACUGGUGCAAAACUCCAACUGGGCACAUCAAGAGACCAAUGAACGCUUUCAUGGUCUGGUCCCAGAUUGAGAGACGUAAGAUCAUGGAGCAGUGGCCUGACAUGCACAAUGCUGAGAUUUCAAAGCGCCUCGGAAAGCGCUGGAAACUACUGCCUGAUUAUGAGAAGAUACCCUUCAUCAAAGAGGCUGAAAGGUUGCGUCUAAAGCACAUGGCUGACUAUCCUGACUACAAAUACCGGCCCAGGAAGAAGAGCAAGAUCUCAACCCAUGUGAAACUUGGAGAGAAGUUGCCUAUGAAAUCCAGCAAGCCCCAUUCAGGAAGAUCUCCUGGGCUGUCCUGCAAAGGGCUAAAGAUCAAACCCACUUCUACCAAGCCUAAAAUGAACUUUACUGGCAAUAAAUAUAAGAGCUACAGCGAGAGCAUGAGCGAUGAUGACAUGAUGGAUGUAAACUUAGAAAGUCCAGUGACUUUGCAAGACGAUCACAACCCGUCAGGUCACUUUGUCCUUCACCAGCAGGCUACCAUUCCCUCUGAGGACCAGCAACCAGUUCCUGAGCUCAAAAUAAAAGUGCCCAUCUCACAAACCAGCAGCAUCCAGAGUGUCUCCUCGGACAAUGAGUACCAGGCUGUCCCAGAGUCCACCACGAGCGAACCACAAGGUUCGACAUCUGGAAGAUCCUCCACACCAACCUCAACCAGCUCCUCCUCUUUGGUGUCCUCAGCAUGUUCGGAUGAGGAAUUGGAUGAGGAACUCUUGCAUAUCAUUUCUAACAGUAUGCCUAUGGACUGCUCCGCUCUGGACAAAGACUUUGAAGCGUUCAAUGCUAACUCAGGAUCCCAUUUUGACUUCCCAGAUUACUGCACUCCAGAGGUGAAUGAAAUGAUUUCUGGGGACUUGCUCGUGCCCAGCAUCUCAGACCUAGUGUUCACCUACUAAAGUUGAGUCCUCUGUAAUGUGGCCAGGUCUGCAUAGCUGCCAAUUUGAAAAUAUUUUGUUCAUGUUGUACUUGGACAAUUCCAUUUUCCAUGUGUUUAUUUUUGUUAAUGAAUUCCGUAAGUGCUAUUGCUUUUCUUUCCAAGCAUUUCACAUCUUGUUGGUUUAGCUAAGACACACAGGGCUUUGCAGAGCUGUUUAGGUCAGUAAGACAUUCAGACUUUGGGUGUAAUUCUUAGACAAAUGAAAAUUAUCUUUAUCAUAUCUCGAUAAAUGUCUUAAACCAACUGCUAAUAUCUCCAGAGACAAAGAUUUGUAUCUAUUUUUCCCAAAAUUGAAAUUCUUUCAUCAUUUACUCACCUACAUGACUUACUUUAUUUACAAAACACGAAAGAAGGUACUUUGAAGAAUGUCUGGUUUUGUCCAAACGUCAACCACAUUUUUCAAAAUAUCUGUCCACCGAAGCCAGAAUGUCAUUAGGGUGAGGAAAUGAAAAUAAUUUGGGGUGAGCAAGCCUUUUAUUAUACAGCACUGUCAUUUUCAUGUCUGCUCAUAAUUUAAAUGCUUAAUCAAGAUUCAUUCAAAUUGAUUCCCCCGUAAGUUUCAUUGUGCAUAAAUAUAGAGGUCUGCUGACAGUGCAGUAAUAUUCU